CCCCGCCCCUUUCCCCUCGCGGCGGCGGCGCCUUCUUCCACACACAGCGCGCGGGGAGCUAGCACAGUUCGGAGGAGCCGAGCAGACGCUGGGCCGCCGCCAUUGAAUAAAAGCUCAGCAAGUCUGCAAUAAAAAUGGCCACCAAUAAAUCUACAUUGCAUAAAAUGGGGAAGAAACAGAAUGGCAAAGGUAAAAAGGUCGAAGAAGCAGAACCUGAAGAAUUUGUUGUUGAAAAAGUCCUGGACCGGCGUGUAGUUAAUGGCAAGGUUGAAUACUUCUUGAAGUGGAAAGGAUUUACUGAUGCUGAUAACACAUGGGAACCUGAAGAAAAUUUAGAUUGUCCAGAGCUAAUAGAAGCAUUCUUGAACUCUCAGAAAGCUGGUAAAGAGAAAACAGAGGGUGCCAAAAGAAAAUCUCUUUCAGAUAGUGAAGCCGAUGACAGCAAAGCAAAGAAAAAAAGGGAAUCUGUUGAUAAGCCUAGAGGAUUUGCAAGAGGACUUGAUCCUGAGCGAAUAAUUGGAGCCACCGAUAGCAGUGGAGAACUUAUGUUUCUUAUGAAAUGGGAUUCUGGCAGCGAGCCUAAGCGUAAGCGAAGGAUGCUUACGAUAAAAGAGAAAGUUGAGCUUCUCGACAUGCUCAAUGAAGGGAGAUCGUAUGCUGCAGUUGGCCGCCAUUAUGGGAUCAACGAAUCAACUGUUCGUUAUAUUAAGAAGGAAGAGAAGAAUAUCAGGUCUACGGCAACAGUGACUUUCAACAAGAUGGCGAAAAGGGUAAUUACUCCUCGUAAUAAGUUGAUCGUAAAGAUGGAAUCUGCAUUAGCCUUGUGGAUUAAUGAUUGUCGUAAGAAAAAUAUUUCCUUGACUACGAACACCAUAAGGACUAAAGCCAAGCAACUUUACGAUUACAUGGCAGAGAAAAUAGAGGACCAAAAUGGUGUUAAACAAGAAGAGGAUGACGGCGACAAUGAUGAAGCACGAGCAUCGACAUCAACUGGUUCUCCCACCAAAGCAGGCACAUUCACUGCCAGCAAGGGAUGGUUUGAUAAAUUUCAGAAGCGUUGUGGACUUAAGAGCGUUUCUCUGCAUGGAGAGGCUGCCUCUGCGGAUAAAGCUGGAGCUGAGGAUUACGUGAACAACACGUUUAAGGAGAUAAUAAAAGAAGGGGGCUAUCUACCAGAACAAGUUUUUAAUAUGGAUGAAACGGGCUUAUUUUGGAAGAGGAUGCCAUCUCGCACUUUUAUAAUGAAGGAGGAAGCCAGAGCCCCUGGUUUUAAGGCUCAAAAAGAUCGAGUCACUUUGAUCAUGUGUGGAAAUGCUGCAGGAUUUAUGAUAAAACCAGGACUUAUUUAUAAGGCCAAAAAUCCAAAAGCCCUAAAGAACAAAAAUAAGAAUGUGUUGCCUGUGCAUUGGAUGCAUAACCCUAAAGCGUGGAUCACAAAAAUCCUCACAAGGGACUGGUUUCAUCAGUGCUUUAUCCCGGAGGUUAAGGUUUAUCUGGCAGAGAAAGGCCUUGAUUUCAAAGUGCUUCUGUUGAUGGACAAUGCUGAAGGCCAUGCUGUCGACAUAACGCAUGAUGGGGUCCAGGUAGAAUUCUUGUUGCCAGAAACCACAUCAUUUAUUCAACCAAUGGAUCAAGGUGUUAUUCGCGCUUUUAAGGCACUUUACACAAAAUAUUUCCUGCAAAGCCUCGUUGAAGCAAUGUACAUGGAUGAAGACUUCUCACUAAAAGCGUACUGGUGUGACUACACGAUUGCAUCGUGUCUCAAAAAUAUUCAGAAGGCCAUAAAUGAGAUGAAAAUUGAGACUUUAAAUGUGUGUUGGAAAAAAUUGUGGCCAGAAAUAGUGCAUGAUUACAAGGGAUUCUCUCCAAAUGAAAUCCAUCAUUCUGCAGUCGAUAAAGUUGUGAGGCUGGCAAAAAUACUGGGUGGAGAGGGUUUUAGUGAUAUGACUGCCAAAGAUGUGAAUGAUCUGCUUGACAUGCACGGUCAACCAUUGACGCACGAAGACCUGGAGGAGCUGACCAAGUCAGCAAGUGAAGAGGAGGAGGAAGAAGGCCAACGGGCUGAGGAAGAGGAGGUGGUUGGCCUAACGCUUGAACGUCUUGCAACUUUGCACAAAAAGGCUCAGGAACUUCAGCAACUCGCUGAAGAUUGGGAUACGAAUAUGGUUCGUUCGUUGCAGUUCAGGAAUUCCAUUGACAGCUGCAUGUCAGCAUACAGAACCAUGCUAACCCAGGCAAAGAAGCAGCGCCAGCAACUCCCCAUAACUAUGUUCAUAAAUCACACGAAGAGGUCUGUGAUGCCAGCGUCUUUAGUGGAAGUACCUGUACCUGAAGAAGUUGCUAUGUCCCAUGUCGAAGAUACAGGAGUGUUUCAAGUGAAACAGGUACAGUACAUGUACUGUACAGAACACUUUGGGAAAGGUUAUUAAGGGAAAGGGUUAUGU